GUGUGUGUGUGAGUGUGAUCGGGUCAUGUGGUCUCACAAGAUGGCGACUUCAGUACUGGGAUGUAAAGAGUGAAUCCGAGCUCCAGAGCUGCAGCAAACACACACACACACACACACCCGGGCACGCGCGCGCGCGCUCGGAACAGAGACCGGUCCGGUUCUCCCGCGGUCUGCGCUGCGCUCAUUGCUCAGUUGUUGCUCUCGGACUCGGUGGAUGAAAGUUUAGCUCGGCAACAUCGCUUAUGCGGGAUUCCCACAGUGGACAGUUCAUAAACCUUCUCCUUCAGAAUACAAGGUUGCUCGUCAUAAUUCCGGACUGGUUCUCGGAUGUUAGUCCAGACCUGCAUCACUGUCUGCGAUGGCCCUCCAUGUGUUCGAUAAUGAUGAGUACAGACCGCCUGUAUGGAAAUCCUACUUGUACGAGCUCCAGCAGGAGGCGCCACAUCCUCGCAGAGUCACCUGCGUAUCUGAGGUGGAGAAUCGGCCGAAGUACUAUGGACGAGAGUAUCAUGGGAUGAUCUCCAGAGAGGAAACCGACCAACUGCUCAGUGUGGCUGAAGGAAGUUAUCUGAUCCGAGAAAGCCAGAGACAGCCGGGCACGUACACGCUAGCUCUACGCUUUGGGAAUCAGACACGAAACUUCCGUCUGUUUUACGAUGGGAAGCAUUUUGUGGGGGAGAAGCGCUUCGAGUCCAUCCACGACCUGGUAACGGACGGUCUGAUAACGCUGUACAUCGAGACCAAAGCCGCCGAAUACAUAUCUAAGAUGACCAUCAACCCCAUCUACGAGCACGUGGGCUACACCACCCUGAACCGCGAGCCGGCGCUGAAGAAAGCCCUGCCCGUCUGUAGAGACCUGCCCGAUGGGAAAGACUCGCCCGGAGAAGAGACCGGCCUGGAGGAGAGGCUCACGUCGCUGGUCCGUCGAGCCACGCUGAAGGAGAGCGAACGGGUGUCCAAGUACGAGAAAAUCCACAACUUCAAGGUGCACACCUUCAGAGGGCCACACUGGUGCGAGUACUGCGCCAACUUCAUGUGGGGACUCAUCGCUCAGGGAGUCAAAUGUGCAGACUGUGGGUUGAAUGUCCAUAAGCAGUGCUCGAAGAUGGUGCCCAACGACUGCAAGCCGGACCUGAAGCACGUGAAGAAGGUGUACAGCUGUGACCUCACCACGCUGGUCAAGGCUCAUAACACCACACGGCCCAUGGUGGUGGACAUGUGCAUACGAGAGAUCGAAGCCCGAGGUUUGAAGUCAGAGGGUCUCUAUCGAAUCUCUGGAUUCAGCGACUUUAUUGAAGAUGUGAAGUUAUCGUUUGACAGAGAUGGAGAGAGAGCAGACAUCUCCGUAAACGUCUAUGAAGACAUCAACGUCAUCACAGGUGCUCUUAAACUCUACUUCAGGGACCUGCCGAUCCCCGUCAUCACGUAUGACGCAUAUCCACGCUUCAUCGAGGCUGCGAAGCUGACAGAGCCAGACGAGCGUUUGGAAGCUCUACACGAAGCUGUGAAGCAGCUGCCUCCUGCGCACUGCGAGACACUGCGAUAUCUCAUGGCACAUUUAAAGAGGGUAACUCAGAACGAGAAGGAUAACCUGAUGAAUGCUGAGAAUCUGGGGAUAGUAUUCGGGCCGACUCUGAUGCGGGCGCCCGAUCUGGACGCCAUGACGGCUCUGAACGACAUCCGCUACCAGAGGCAGGUGCUGGAGUUACUCAUCAAGAAUGAAGACAUCCUCUUCUAGCAUCACGCUGACGUUAAUGAACCUCUGUACUCUGUGCUCUUCUACUCAGACUCGCUCUGGACUUGAAUAUGAAGGACUCUUGUAUGAUAGGACAUUUUUUGGAGCAGUACUUACUAACACUUCUUCCCUGGUGUGUUCUCUUCCUGUUUCUUGCAUGUCUUCCUCCCCAUUUUUGUCGGGGGUCGCUGAAGGCUGUGGCGUACUUCAGGAUUAUUAUGGGAUGGCAUUGCUCCGUUGCGUCAGGCGCUUUGUUUUGUUUUUGUAAAACAUUGUGAUUUUGAUAUUGUCAGUUUUGGAGACACUUUAUCUGAAGAGUUGUAAAUAAAGAUGGUGACGUGGUGAAGGCCUGAUGUAUAAACUCAAUGCUCAGUCUUUAUUCACACUGCCCCCUCGGCUCAAAUAUGAGAGGUUUGUUAUUCAUGUAUGUUCAUGCCAUGAAUGUUUAUCUUUGAUAGAUGUAUGGCUCAGCAGGUAAAGUGUUUCAAAAUCUCCGAUUUGUUUUCAUUUUUGGUUUGUUUUUUAUUCCUUCUGUUCAGUUGAUCUGACUCUGUUCUGCCUUCACAUGUCGAAACAGUUACUUCUGCUGUAGACAGGAAGAAUAUUUACAGUCCAUGUACAUUUCAGGAUCCUUGACCUUAGACUCGCCUUUAGAAAACACUCUUGCACUCACAUGACUGCUUGAUGUUUUUUGGUUCUGUGUUUUUGUAUUUGCUUUAAGCAUGAAUACGUUAAUUUAUUAAAAUGUACUUUCAGUA